AUGGCCGACAAAGCUCACCUUUCCAACCUAACCACCCGCGAAGCCAUAGCCGACACUCUCCACCGUUGCAUCCUAGGUCUCGACAGUAAUAGCCGGUCUCUGAUGGAAUCCGCCUGUCUGAAAACCCCUGAGAUGACAUUCAUAUACGGUCCAUCAGGCAACCAAGCCACUUUGGCCGGCUGGGAUGCCAUCAACCCCAUGUUCGAUCGUGUCUUCGGCCUCAUAACCACGCAUACUGCAAGCAACAUACGCAUUGAGCUAGAAGGAGAAAACGCGAGUACGGCGCGAAUGACGGCACAUGUCAUUUCCUACCACGUGAGAGGGGAAGAAGCGUUUGUCGAGGCCGAUACCAGUUACACAGCGAGUUCGUUGUACGACAUCGAAGUAAUGAAAGACGGUAACGACCAGGGACUGUGGAAAAUCAAGACAUGGAAGGCUACAAUGUUGUGGACAACUGGGGAUAUCAAAGUGUUGCAUCCGUAA